UCAUCUUAUGUUACAUAAUUUACCUUCCAACUGGACAGCCAUGAAGUCUGCUCUGGAUGGAAUAGCUGACACCACUUUCCGAACAAUAACUAAUGGUUUGCAAUAUCUUGGCUCCAACGAUGUGAGCUACAGUGACCCAUCCAUAGAGUCUGGCUUUGCCAAGACUGGAUUCCAUUUACAGAAGGCUCACUCUGCCCCACUUAGAAACUACUUCCCUCGACUAGCUAGAGACGAGGAGCUCAUCUUUAAUGGCAACUCCAUUUACCAGACCAACUUCUCUGAUCUGGUUGGCAAUGGGACCUUUGUGGACGGCGGGGAUUCUAUCCAAUGCGGGGAGAACUCUGUGGACAUGGAGUGCUUCAUGAUUCUGACCCCCAGCCAGCAGUUGGUAGUAGCGAUCAUGGCACUCACCCUGGGAACCUUCACAGUGCUGGAGAACCUUAUCGUACUGUGUGUGAUCCUCCACUCCAGCACCCUGCGCUGUCGGCCCUCCUACCACUUCAUAGGAAGCCUGGCUGUGGCCGACCUUCUGGGCAGUGUCAUAUUUGUGUACAGUUUCUUGGACUUCCAUGUGCUACACCGGAAGGACAGCCCCAAUGUGUUUCUCUUUAAGCUUGGUGGGGUCAUCGCCUCUUUCAGUGCCUCUGUGGGCAGUCUCUUUCUCACAGCCAUAGACCGCUACAUCUCCAUCCACAGGCCCAUGGCUUACAAGCGGAUCGUCACCAAGACAAAGGCUGUCAUCGCCUUCUGCAUGAUGUGGACUAUCUCAAUCGUCAUCGCGGUGCUCCCCCUACUGGGCUGGAACUGUAAGCAACUGAACUCAGUGUGCUCUGACAUUUUCCCACUCAUCGACGUGAAGUACCUGAUGUUCUGGAUAGGGAUGACCAGUGUGCUGCUGCUGUUUAUCAUCUAUGCCUACAUGUUCAUCCUGUGGAAGGCCCACCACCACGCCGUGCGCAUGAUGAGCCGCCACUCCCAGAAGAGCAUCAUCGUCUAUACAGCGCAUGGCACCAAGGUACAGACAAUUCGACCCGAGCAGGCCCGCAUUGACAUCCGCCUGGCCAAGACCUUAGUGCUGAUUCUGGUGGUCCUCGUCAUCUGCUGGGGCCCUGUGCUGGCCAUCAUGGUCUACGACCUGUUCUGGAAGAUGAACAACUUUAUCAAGACGGUUUUUGCCUUCUGCAGCAUGCUCUGCCUGCUCAACUCCACUGUCAACCCCAUCAUCUACGCCCUGAGGAGUAAGGACCUGCGCCGGGCCUUUCUUAACAUCUGUCAGACAUGCAGGGGAACUUCUCAACUACUGGACAACAGUGCUGAGUCCGAUUGCCACAGCAGGAACGUAAAAGGCACAGCCAUAGCCUACAAAUCCACGGCUAGCUGUGCAAACACCACUGUGAAAUUGGCCAAAGUCACCCUUUUGGUCUCCCCCGAGACAACUGCGUCUACCAUCAUGUGACUGUGAAGGAAUUAUGCAGAGUAGUCACUACCCCAACUUGCACUGCACUGAAAGUUUGCUAAACAUCAACUUCUAAUUCAGCUAUAGGAUAAGAGAAUGUGGCUUUAUUUCAAUCUUUCAGAGAAUUCAUUUUCAUUGGGAAAUAAUGGCGAUAAUCAUUGUUAAACUGCACAGUUGUGUAUUUCGUGGCAUGCUUUGACUGUAUGGUUUGUCUCUAUAAAGUGCUUGUAGGUGAAAUUGGCUGCUCUUUAUAUUGUAAAUUAGUACAUUGUGAUGGUUUGUAGUUCUUGUCAUAAAGCAUGUUGUAUGAAACUGUUUUAAUUUCCUUAUUUUUUGAGUGAUGCAUAAUUGAGGACCAUGUUACAAAAUACAAGAGUAGACCAUGUACAUCUUUUCAAUGAUUCACAUUAUUUAAUUUUAUGCAGAGACAGAUGUCCCCCAAAGAAGAACCACAAAGACAUGUAAUGUUGUGCAGUAUUAAAUAUGUUGUUUUCCCCCUCUCCAUAUGCAUUAAGUGUUUUUCUAUGAAUACACAAUUUAUUUUUCAAAUAAAAACAUUCAGGAAAGCAGCUUGUGAACCACAUACAGUAUAAUACACAUGUAUUAUUAUUUUUUUGCAUCUCAUGAGAUUGAGGAUGGCACUGCAAUGGUACUGUGAAGAAUAGACCUUAUCUCAUGAAACUACAGAGACAGAAACAAUAUAAAGUAUUUAUGUGCAGUUACUUAUUCCAAACCAGCUAAUUUAGUAAUAAGCAAUGUUUUCAUCUGAUCACAGCAAUUGAAACACAAUAGCCAGUGUGUUUUAUUGCAGCUUUACUUACACCAAAAGCUUCCAUCAUCAACCAAAAACGGACAAAACAAUGACAAAUGAAAGAAAAUCUGCAGAGGCCCUCUAAGUCAGUGAAGAACUAAAGGAAUGUGAAUUUUUAAGAGGUCCCUACUAGGAUAAAAUGUGCACAUACUUCAUUUACAAUCAGAAUCAUUUAUUUUCAAAAUGAUUAAACACCUUUGUGGUUUAGUUUCCAAGCCUCUGAAUAAAGUCAAGUGUGCACAGUACUCACAAGGCAGGCACGAUAUAGUCUUAUCGGGCUUUGGUUGUAUAUGUUUUUGUCAGUCUGGAGGAGAAAGAGGUGUAGGCAGUGGCACAUGAGAUAACGUGCCAUGUUUUGUGAGGUACUGUACUGCCUCAAAAAGUAAGUUAAACCCAAGAUAAAAAUAAAUAUAAAUUUAAAAAACUAACAGAAAAGGCGCAAAACCUAGAAGUGAAACAAGCAAUUUCACAUUACGGGCCCAUGCAUUUGCAGAGCAAAAGAGACAGGCAAAGACUAAUGGAAAUACACCGAUCUUCAAGAUUAAAGAUAAAAGAAUGUGUAUGAAUAUGGCUACUAACUAAUGUAUACGGAUAGCAGCGCAAAAUAUAAUGCAUUAUGUAAUUCCAUAACCACACAAACGACCAACUUUUGUCUGCACUACAAAAGGUUAGUGCUAUCCGGAAUCCUUGAGACGUGCCUACCCUUAUCUCACUCU